AUGGCUUCAUCACCACAGAAGAUUAGGGUCAUUCGUCUGGCCUCAGUGCUGUAUCAGCACGUCGACGUCGAAAAGGCAGCCCAAUUCCUUGAAGACUUUGGCCUUCAAGAGGUGGCUCGGCAGGACGGACGUGUCUACUUUGCCGGCUUCGGUGUUGACCCGUACGUCUAUGUAAUUGAAAGAUCUCCCGGCUCACGCCGCGCAUUUAUUGGCGCAACCUGGGUCGUGGAGAACGAGAACGACCUUGAGGUCGCUGCGAAUCACCCUGACGCUACAGGCAUUCACGGCGAGAAAGGUCCUGGAGGUGGUAAAAGAGUAGACAUUGUCGACCCGAAUGGGUACUAUGUUGGAUUCAUUCACGGCCAGGCCCCAAGAAGCGAUGUUGACAAUGUGGACAAAAGCCGGAUUGCUGACGACGAGAGUCCCCCCACCAAUCUGGUUGACGAAAAGCCAAGAAAAGGUCGUUUCAAACGCUUCAAUUACGGGCCUAGUCCAAUUCACAAGCUGGGGCAUUAUGGAUUCAUGGUCCCCAAGGACACCUACGAGAAAACGCUGAAGUGGUACACUGGCCUCAUGAACCUAGUGCCUACUGACGCGGUUUUCGACCCUCGGACAAACAAAGACACGACUUGCUUCAUGCACAUUGAUAGAGGAACCACUUUCACUGACCACCAUAGCUUUUUCCUCGGCGCCCAUCCGUUUAGCCAGACGCCUUUUGUUCAUCACGCUAGCUUCGAGGUUAAUGAUAUGGAUACUCAAGCUCUCGGCCACGAGUGGCUUUUGAAGAAGGGUUACACCAACUGCUGGGGAAUUGGACGGCAUGUCUUGGGCAGCCAACUAUUUGACUACUGGUAA